GGGGGAGGGGCUCGUAGGCCCCGCGGAGCAGCCCCUGCAGGAGGGCGGGAGCGAGCCCGGCCGCUCUCGGGUUGCGGAGGCGGAGCGGAGCGGAGCAGCACUCCCGGCAGCCCUGGCCGGAGGCUUCUACCUCGCCAGCCCCGCUGCUCCCGCGACCGCUGCCUUAGAAAACUUUUAACGAGAACCAGAUGUGGCAGCCGCUGUCGAACUUUCCCCGAGCCGGCGAUUGGUCCCCGGCCGAGGGCCGCAGCCAGUCUGCGCGCUGCGAGGGCCCGGAGUCCCCGCCCGCCCGGGCGCCCGCGGGGAUCCAGGUUGGAGGCUGGCGAGGCGCAACUAGCGGGCUGGCGGGCCGGGCCGGGACGCGCUCUGCGGCGGGGCAGCCCAGGAGCCGAGCCAGCAUGCGGGGGGACCGGGCGUUGCCGCCGCCGCCGCUGCUGCCGCUGCUGUUAUUGCUGCUGCUGUCCCGGGCCGCGGCGCUGCGCCCGGACGAGCUCUUCCCCUACGGGCAGUCUUGGGGGGACCAGCUCCUGCAGGAGGGCGACGACGAAAGCUCAGCCGCGGUGAAGCUGGCGAGUCCCUUGCGCUUCUACGAAGCUAAGUUCAGCUACCUCUACGUGGGCACCAACGGUAUCAUCUCCACUCAGGACUUCCCUAGGGAAACCCAGUACGUGGACGAUGAUUUCCCCACAGACUUCCCGGCCAUUGCUCCCUUCCUGGCAGACAUCGACACGAGCCAGGGCAGGGGCCAGGUCCUGUACCGUGAGGACACGUCCCGGACCGUGCUGGACCUGGCUGCCCGCUACGUGCGCUCAGGCUUCCCGCGCACCGCCGCGCACUUCACCCCCACCCACGCCUUCUUGGUCACCUGGAAGCAGGUGGGCGCCUACGAGGAGACCACACGCCGGGCGCCGCCCUCGGAAGAGCGGAACACUUUCCAGGCAGUUUUGGCAUCUGAUGAGUCUGAUACCUACGCCCUCUUUCUUUACCCUGCCAAUGGCCUUCAGUUCUUUGGAACCCGCCCCAAAGAGUCUUAUAACGUCCAGCUCGAGCUUCCUGCCCGGGUGGGCUUCUGCCGAGGGGAGGUCGAUGACCUGAAGAGAGAGGGUCCCUACUUCAGCUUGACAAGCACUGAACAGUCUGUGAAGAAUCUCUACCAACAAAGCAACCUGGGGGCUCCUGGAGUGUGGGCUUUUCAUAUCGGCAGCACCCCCCGACUGGACAAUAUCAGGCCAGCAACAGUUGGAGGGGACCUUUCCAAAGGCCACUCUGCAGCUCCCCCCGAGCGUUCCUUCGGCCUCCCUGAGGUCCUGGAAAGUGACUACACUGAGGACAAUUUGGAUUAUUAUGAUGAGAAUGAGAAUGAGAAUGAGGGGGGAGUCGAAUACGCUCCGAGUGAACCAGAGGAAGCACUGAAUGGCCACAGCAAUGUUGAUGUUUCCUUCCAAUCGAAAGCUGAGUCAAGACCCAUGGGGGGUGGAAUGUCUCCACCGAAUUCUGAUCUGGCCUCCCCUCUGCCGCAUCUGACCUCUAGUAACUGGCCAUUCUACCCUGAAACGGAAUCUGCCACCUUGAACCCUCAACCCAAUGAGGGGAGACAUCCGUGGGGGAUGGACACCCCAGAUUUAAAUGUCCGCGUUGAGUCUUCUGAACAGCCAGGGACCAGAGGCCCAGCUCCAUCAGAAAUAGAAGGAGAGUCACUGGAUCCUUCCCAGGGGACCCUGCCUCCGUAUCCUGAAAACAAAAGCAUCAACCCCUACACAUAUGGAGGGGCACCACCAUCAGAAGUGGAUGUUCCUCCAGCCCUCCCUGAAGGAAAGGUCGUUCUUCUCAACUAUCCCUUGCCAGCUCACAGUAUACCACUGGGUCAAGGGAGGCAAGUGUUAGGGGUGGAAGACGUCAUCACUUCCAACACUGAGGUCUUCACGUAUAAUGCUGCCGACAAGGAAACCUGCGAACGCAACCACGGACAGUGCUCCCCACACGCCUUCUGCACUGACUACACAACUGGCUUUUGCUGCCACUGCCAGUCCAGGUUUUACGGAAAUGGGAAGCACUGUCUGCCAGAAGGGGUACCGCAUCGAGUCAACGGGAAAGUGAGUGGCCACCUCCGCGUGGGCCACACGCCUGUCCACUUCACUGACGUGGACCUACAUGCUUACAUCGUGGGCAAUGACGGCAGAGCCUACACGGCCAUCAGCCACAUCCCACAGCCCGCGGCCCAAGCCCUUCUCCCGCUCACGCCAAUUGGAGGCCUAUUUGGCUGGCUCUUUGCAUUAGAAAAACCAGGCUGGGAGAAUGGCUUCCGUCUCACAGGUGCCACCUUUACCCAUGACAUGGAAGUUAUUUUCUAUCCGGGGGAAGAGAGGGUUCGCAUCACUCAAACUGCCGAGGGACUUGACCCAGAGAACUAUCUGAGCAUUAAGACCAACAUUCAAGGCCAGGUGCCUUACAUCCCAGCAAAUUUCACAGCCCACAUAGCGCCCUACAAGGAGCUUUACCACUACACGGACUCAGCUGUGACGUCCACCAGUUCCAGAGACUACUCACUCAUCCUCGGUGGCAUCAACCAAACACUGUCCUACCGCAUCUACCAGAACAUCACUUACCAGGCGUGCAGGCACGCCCCCAGACACCGGGCCACCCCCAAAACCCGGCAGCUGAAUGUGGACCGGGUCUUUGCCUUGUACACUGAUGGGGAAGGAGUACUUAGAUUUGCUGUGACCAAUCAGCUUGGCCCAGUUGAAGUGGACUCAACCCCCACCCCAGUGAAUCCUUGCUUCGAUGGGAGCCACACAUGUGACACGAAAGCUCGGUGCCAUCCAGGGACAGGUGUAGACUACACCUGCAAGUGUGCCUCCGGGUACCAGGGAGAUGGACGGAGUUGUGUGGAUGUAAAUGAAUGUGCAACGGGCUUCCAUCACUGUGGCCCCAACUCUGUGUGUACCAACUUGCCGGGCAGCUACAGCUGUGACUGCCGGAGUGGUUAUGAGUUUGCAGACGACCACCACACUUGUAUAUUGAUCGCCCCACCUCCCAACCCCUGUGCGGAUGGCAGUCAUUCCUGUGCUCCUGCUGACCAGGCCCGGUGCAUUUACCAUGGGGGCAGCACGUUCAGCUGCACCUGCCUGCCUGGUUACACUGGCAGCGGGCACCAAUGUACUGAUGUUGAUGAAUGCUCGGAAAACAGAUGUCACCCCUCGGCUACCUGCUACAAUACCCCUGGCUCGUUCUCCUGCCGAUGCCUCCCUGGAUAUCAUGGGGAUGGAUUUCAGUGCGCACCUGACCCCACAUCAGGACUGAAACCCUGUGAACGCCAGCAGCGCAGUGCCCACGCUCAGCACACCUAUCCUGGCUCCCGGGUGCACAUCCCCCAGUGCGAUGAGCAGGGCCACUUCCUGCCACUGCAGUGUCACGGGAGCACUGGCUUCUGCUGGUGCGUGGACCUCAAUGGUCACGAAGUCCCCGGCACCCGGACUCCACCCGGCUCCACACCACCUCACUGCGGACCAGCAGAGCCCACCCGGAGGCCCCGGACCGUCUGCGAGCGCUGGAGGGAAAACCUGCUGGAGCACUACGGUGGCACGCCCAGGGACGAUCAGUAUGUGCCUCAGUGCGAUGACCUGGGCCACUUCACCCCCCUGCAGUGCCACGGGAAGAGUGACUUCUGCUGGUGCGUGGACAAAGAUGGCAGAGAAGUGCAGGGCACCCGCUCCCAGCCAGGCACCACCCCUGCAUGUAUACCCACCGUUGCGCCACCCACAGCCCGGCCCCUGCCCCGGCCUGAUGUGACCCCUCCGUCUGUGGGCACUUUCCUGCUCUACGCCCAGGGCCAGCAGAUCGGUCAUUUGCCCCUCAAUGGUACCAGACUCCAGAAGGACAUGGCCAAGACCCUGCUGUCACUGCAUGGCUCCAUAGUCGUGGGAAUUGACUAUGACUGCCGCGAGAGGAUGGUGUACUGGACAGAUGUUGCUGGCCGGGCAAUCAGCCGUGCCAGUCUGGAGCCAGGAGCAGAGCCUGAGACGAUCAUCAGCUCAGGUCUGAUAAGCCCUGAAGGACUUGCCAUUGACCACUUCCGUAGAACAAUGUAUUGGACGGACAGCGGCCUGGACAAGAUAGAGAGGGCCAGGCUGGACGGCUCUGAGCGGAAGGCCCUCUUCCACACGGACCUGGUGAAUCCUCGAGCCAUUGCUGUGGAUCCAAUCCGAGGCAACUUGUACUGGACAGACUGGAAUCGUGAGGCUCCCAAAAUUGAAACGUCUUCUUUAGAAGGAGAAAACAGAAGAAUUCUGGUGAAUAAAGACAUUGGACUACCUAAUGGUUUAACCUUUGACCCCUUCUCCAAACUGCUCUGCUGGGCAGAUGCAGGAACCAAGAAACUGGAGUGUACGCUACCUGAUGGGACUGGACGGCGGGUCAUUCAGAACCACCUCAACUACCCCUUCAGUAUUGUCAGCUUUGCAGAUCACUUCUACCACACAGACUGGAGGAGGGAUGGUGUUAUAUCAGUAAAUAGAGAUAGUGGCCAGUUUACUGAUGAGUAUCUCCCGGAGCAGCGAUCUCAUCUCUACGGGAUAACUGCCGUCUACCCCUACUGUCCAACAGGAAGAAAGUAAAUACAGCAUCACAAAGGAUUUGGAGUUUACAAUCAGAAUCUGGACCCUAAAGAGCAUUUACUACAAACACAGGCAAAGAAAGUGAAAAAGGAAUUGGACCUACAAGAUGAACAUUUUCACUACAAAAAGACUAAGUAUAUCUUGUGAAAAGUUUUAUACCUCAAUCUUUACUACUGUAUUUUGAAUAACAAAAGUUACUACAAGUUUUAAAAAAGUAAUAGAAUUUUAAUUGCUUAUUAAAGCAAUUUUUAAUAAGCAUUUCCGUCAUAUUUAAAGGGUCAAACUCACUAGAAUACAUUAAGACCCUAAAUCUAAUUUUUGCUUAGGAUUCUUUCUGACCAAGAAAUUAAAGCAUGGGUUGUCAGUACAAAGACACAACCCUAAAGACCACAAGCCUUGACCUAGAGAAGGCUAUGUGGAACUGGUAGGGAAGUUUCCCAGUAAAAUUCUAAGUUUUUUUUUUUACCUCUGCAUCACUGCAUUUCUAUUUAUAUUAAAAGGUGCUAGAAUGUUUCAAUUUGUAUCUUCUGAUUCUAUAAGUCCCUCUAUAGUUACCCACAGAAGUUACUACAUUUAUAAAUACCAAAGAUGUAACAAUUCUCAAAUUUUCUAGAUUACUCCAAUAAAAUAUUUUAAGUUUUCCCAUGA